AGGCACACGCAUUCUUUGUCUCCACUCGUCCAAAGCGAAGAAUUUCAAGUGAUACAACUCUGCCCCAAUCCUUAAAUUUUGCAACUGAAGAGCUGUGAAAGGAAAUGGAAGGAUGUAAUAAUAAGCAUCAAUCUUUUUUCCAAGACAUCAAAUCAAGAGAGCUUCAUGGAUUCCGAGUUAAAAAAAGACCAUAUAUGAGCAUUGAAUCUUCUGAAGUCAACCAAAUUGGUGCUGUGGCUGUUGAGCACGAUGGCAACACACCGCCUCCCAUGGCCAUUUCCUUCUGCAAGACAACUAAAAAUUCUCAUAUUCUUGCUGUUGCUGAUGAGGGUGGAUAUGUUAGCUUGUAUAAUACCAGGUUGAAGUUUCCUUCAUCAUCGACACACCAGCAAAAUGCAGAAAAAGCUAAGAUGUCAGAGUGGGUUGCUCAUGAUAAUGCUAUAUUUGAUGUAUGUUGGAUAAAGGAUGAUACCAAUAUCUUAACUGCUUCAGGCGAUCAAUGUAUAAAGGUAUGGGAUGUACAAGAAAAGCAAUGUAUUAGAACAUUAAUGGGUCACACUGGGAGUGUAAAAUCCAUUUGUCCUCAUCCUACAAAUCAGGAUAUUAUUGUGUCUGGUUCAAGAGAUGGGUCCUUUUCCCUAUGGGACCUGAGGAGCUCGUGCAGCAGCAGUCAGAAAUUUUACACACCGUCAAUUGCAGCAGUCCACAAGGCUCACAUUUCUCCUUGUCAGAGGCGGGUUAAAGGUGGAAAGGCUUCUUCUAUGAGUAUUACUUCGGUCCUUUACCUGAAAGAUGAGAUUUCCAUUGCUACUGCUGGAGCAGUUGACAGUGUCAUAAAGUUCUGGGAUACUAGGAACCUGAAGAGUCCUGUUCUCCAGGCAUGCCCUCUUCCUGAUGCGUCAUCUAAUAAGGGAAAGCGAUUACAUGGAGUAUCUAGUUUAUCUCAAGAUUUAAAUGGUGUGUUUAUUGCUGCUUCAUGCAUGGACAGCAGAAUCUACCUCUACAAUGUGCUUCAGGCAGAAAAUGGGCCAGUGAAAAGUUUCACAGGAUGCCAAAUUAAUUCAUUUUUUGUUAAGUCAGCAAUAAGUCCUGAUGCAGCUCAUGUACUCAGUGGUUCCAGCGAUGGAAAUGCGUAUAUCUGGCAGGUGAACAAACCUCUAGCAGAUCCCACUAUAUUGAAAAGCCAUGAUGGAGAAGUUACAGUAGUAGACUGGUGCCCAUCAGAGACAGGAAAAGUUGCUACUGCAUCAGAUGAUUUCACGGCUCGGUUUUGGAACAUCCAAAGCAGUUGUUACUCAAACACAAGAUCUCCAUCAUCCAUUCGAAGAAGAGUAAUGGCACUUUCUAGCAUGGAACGUCGCAAACUGUUUACUGAUGAUAAACCAGCAAGCAUCAAGAAUGAUUCUGAUGGUUGUCAUUAUUCUGAUGGUUGUCAUUCAAAUAUAGCAUGUAACGAAAACUUCGGUAGUUCAACUAAGACUACUGAAAUCAGCACUCCAGAAUCAAAGAAGAAAAAACAUUCACAGGGUUUUGAAGUUGAAGAGAACUUAGAGAAAACUCCAGAAGCUGCAAUCAAGAGCCCUUCUUCUGUUUUGAAUCCUCCCUCCUCUUUGAAGAGGACAAUUAGAGAUUACUUCUUAAUGACUUGAUCUGGCAUGCACUGUCAAUGAGAUUAACAUUGUAAUUUAAAGAUUGAUUCCAAGUAUAUAUGCUAACACAACAAGUUCAGAUA